AUGUCGUUGACAAAGGCUCAGCUUCGAAAACAGACGCUGUACAAUGUGCACAAAGCCGCAGAAGACAUGGGUAAUGCGCGCCUAUCUGGCGUUUCUUUGCCGCACUCUUUGAGACUUUCAACAUUCGGAACAUUCGCACAAAAGUCCUUACACAUGCAAAUUUCGCACACACUUAAGACUACAAAAACUAUGUGCGAAGACACCCAUCCACUUCCUCAAUCUGAAGAAAUGCUUAGCACACGAUGCUACGCACCACUUACGCUAUCUGGUCCAAAGGCUAUCCCCAAGCACUGGGAUACUAUUUUCUCAGAAGAACAACUUAGCUUGGCUGCUAAGCUUCCAGUAAACAUCAUCACAUUGAGUACCGAAGAAUGCUCGAGACUUCUUUCUGGUCCCAAGAUUAGCAUUGUAGCAGACAGCAACGUUGUCGUUCGUGACAACGUCCCGCAGGUAGCACUGAUGGCCUCGUCUACCAAGCUGAUCGACUUAAUGCAGACCAAAGAGUCCGUCACGCAAUAUCGCGUAUUUGGAAACGUGGACGUCGAGAGUAUAGAACGUCUCCUGGACAUCUUUACCACGAAACCCGGUCUCGAAGCCAAAGAAGUAAGACUCACCGGCACAAACUUUCUCCAGGACGUACUCCUGUACCAAGCCUGUCUUUCCCUGGGAAUCUAUUACGUUUACACCAAGCCCCUUCUUGACGCCCUCCGACGCGAGAUCAGUGCACGGUUGAUCACCGAGGAGGAACGGAAUGCUAUUGUCAAUCGUACUCAUCUUACUGAUCCGCUUUUCAAACAUAUUGCUAACGACUUGUGUCAUCGCCGGAUCAAGAAGGAAUUCCUCGACAUUAAAGCAUUCGAAAAGUGGCUCGGCCACGCUAAAAAGAAGACUCUACAGUCUGCUAUGACUAGCAUUGAUCAGGAGCACGAGAAGAGGAGAGAGGUGUUUAGAUUAGGGAAGAAGGAAGAAUUGGGCAAGACCAUGACUCUCUCAACUUCGCGAUAA